GCAUUGACUGAAGGCUAUGUGGGGGCCCUGCAGGAGAGCAGACAGGGCAGCUCUGUGCAGAUCCGCAGGCGCAAGGCAUCCGGAGACCCCUACUGGGCAUACUCAGGUGCCUAUGGUCCUGAGCACUGGGUCACAUCUAGUGUCAGCUGCGGGGGCAGCCAUCAGUCUCCCAUCGACAUUUUAGACCACCAUGCACGUGUUGGUGAAGAAUACCAGGAGCUUCAGCUUGAUGGAUUUGACAAUGAGUCCUCCAACAAAACCUGGAUGAAAAACACAGGGAAAACAGUUGCCAUCCUUCUAAAAGAUGAUUAUUUUGUGAGUGGUGCUGGGCUGCCUGGCAGGUUCAAAGCUGAGAAGGUGGAGUUUCACUGGGGCCACAGCAAUGGCUCAGCUGGCUCAGAGCACAGUGUCAACGGCCGGAGGUUUCCUGUGGAGAUGCAGAUUUUCUUUUACAACCCAGAUGAUUUUGACAGCUUUCAAACGGCAAUUUCUGAGAACAGAAUAAUUGGAGCCAUGGCCAUAUUUUUUCAAGUCAGUCCGAGGGACAACUCUGCACUGGAUCCUAUUAUCCACGGGUUGAAGGGCGUCGUACAUCAUGAGAAGGAGACCUUUCUGGAUCCCUUUGUCCUCCGAGACCUCCUGCCUGCAUCCCUGGGUAGCUACUACCGGUACACAGGCUCCUUGACCACCCCUCCAUGUAGUGAAAUCGUGGAGUGGAUUGUCUUCAGGAGACCCGUUCCCAUCUCCUACCACCAGCUUGAGGCUUUUUAUUCUAUCUUCACCACGGAGCAGCAAGACCAUGUUAAGUCAGUGGAGUACCUGCGAAACAACUUCCGACCACAGCAGGACCUGAAUGACAGAGUGGUGUCGAAGUCUGCUGUCCGAGAUGCCUGGAACCAUGACCUGGCGGACUUCUUGGACAACCCACUAGGAACAGAAGCCUCUAAAGUUUGCAGCUCUCCACCCAUCCACAUGAAGGUGCAGCCUCUGAACCAGACAGCACUGCAAGUGUCCUGGAGCCAACCAGAAGCCAUCUACCACCCACCCAUCAUGAAUUACAUGAUCUCCUAUAGCUGGACCAAGAAUGAGGAUGAGAAAGAGAAGACAUUCACUAAGGACAGUGACAAGGACUUGAAGGCCACCAUUAGCCAUGUGUCACCUGAUAGCCUUUACCUAUUCCGAGUACAGGCCGUGUGUCGGAACGACAUGCGCAGUGACUUUAGUCAGACAAUGCUCUUUCAAGCUAAUACCACCCGGAUAUUCCAAGGGACCAGGAUUGUGAAAACAGGAGUGCCGACAGCCUCUCCUGCCUCUUCAGCAGACAUGGCCCCCAUCAGCUCCGGCUCUUCUACUUGGACAUCCUCCGGCAUCCCCUUCUCCUUUGUUUCCAUGGCAACUGGGAUGGGUCCUUCCUCCAGUGGCAGCCAGGCUACAGUGGCCUCUGUGGUCACCAGCACGCUCUUAGCAGGCCUGGGCUUCGGUGGUGGUGGCAUCUCCUCGUUCCCCAGUACUGUGUGGCCCACACGCCUUCCUACGGCAGCCUCAGCCAGCAAGCAGGCAGGGAGGCCAGUCCUUGCCACUACUGAGGCCUUAGCUUCUCCCGGGCCUGAUGGUGACUCAGCUCCUACAAAGGACGGCGAGGGUGCAGAGGAAGGGGAGAAGGAGGAGAAGAGUGAGAGUGAGGAUGGAGAGCGAGAGCAUGAGGAGGAGGGAGAGAAGGACUCUGAGAAGAAGGAGAAGAGUGAGGCCACCCAUACAGCAGAAGAGAGGAACCGGACUGCUCCUGCCCCCACACCUUCUUCCCCCCGUAGGACUGCAGAGGAGGGAGGGCAUCAGACUAUACCUGGGCACAAACAGGACCAUGCUGCCUCUGCAACAGACCAGCCAGGCUCUGUUGCCCCGGGCUUGGAUCCCCAUGAGGACAUAGCCACCCAAGUGCCCCCAACAGCCACAGAGGAACAUUAUUCAGGGAGUGAUCACAGGAGACCCGAAAUGCCAUCUAAAAAGCCUAUGUCCCGAGGGGACCGAUUUUCCGAGGAUAGCAAAUUCAUCACUGUUAACCCCGCUGAGAAGAACACCUCUGGAAUGAUAAGCCGCCCCUCUCCGGGGAGGAUGGAGUGGAUUAUUCCCCUGAUCGUGGUCUCAGCCCUGACUUUCGUGUGCCUCGUCCUCCUCAUUGCCGUGCUGGUGUACUGGAGAGGGUGUAACAAAAUAAAGUCCAAGGGCUUUCCCAGACGUUCCCGUGAAGUGCCUUCUUCUGGGGAGAGAGGAGAGAAGGGGAGCAGAAAAUGUUUUCAGACUGCUCAUUUCUAUGUGGAAGACAGCAGUUCACCUCGGGUGGUCCCCAAUGAAAGUAUUCCUGUUAUCCCCAUCCCGGAUGACAUGGAAGCCAUUCCUGUCAAACAGUUUGUGAAACACAUCGGUGAGCUCUAUUCUAAUAACCAGCAUGGGUUCUCUGAAGAUUUUGAGUCUGCAGAUGAUCACAGUAGGGUGAAGUUAAGACCUUUACCAGGAAAAGACUCUAAGCACAGUGACUACAUCAAUGCAAACUAUGUCGAUGGUUACAACAAAGCAAAAGCCUACAUUGCCACCCAGGGACCUUUAAAGUCUACAUUUGAAGAUUUCUGGAGGAUGAUCUGGGAACAAAAUACAGGAAUCAUUAUCAUGAUUACAAACCUGGUGGAAAAAGGAAGGAGAAAAUGUGAUCAGUAUUGGCCAAUGGAGAACAGUGAGGAGUAUGGAAACAUUAUUGUCACACUGAAGAGCACAAAAGUACAUGCCUGCUAUACUGUUCGUCGUUUUUCAGUCAGAAAUACAAAAGUGAAAAAGGGCCAGAAGGGAAACGCCAAAGGUCGUCAGAAUGAGAGGACAGUGAUCCAGUAUCACUACACACAGUGGCCUGACAUGGGAGUCCCUGAGUAUACCCUCCCGGUCCUGACCUUUGUGCGGAGAUCAUCAUCAGCUCGGAUACCAGACAUGGGCCCCGUGUUGGUGCACUGCAGUGCUGGUGUGGGCAGGACGGGCACCUACAUUGUCAUAGACAGCAUGCUGCAACAGAUAAAAGACAAGAGCACAGUCAAUGUCCUGGGAUUCCUGAAGCAUAUCAGGACACAGCGUAACUACCUCGUCCAGACUGAGGAGCAGUACAUUUUCAUUCACGAUGCCUUGCUGGAAGCCAUCCUCGGAAAGGAGACUGAAGUAUCUUCAAGUCAGCUGCAUAGCUAUGUUAACAGCAUCCUCAUACCAGGAGUAGGAGGAAAGACACGGCUGGAAAAGCAGUUCAAGCUGAUCACGCAGUGUAAUGCAAAAUACGUGGAGUGCUUCAGUGCCCAGAAGGAGUGUAACAAGGAGAAGAACAGGAACUCUUCUGUGGUACCAGCUGAGCGUGCUCGAGUGGGACUUGCACCAUUGCCCGGAAUGAAAGGAACAGAUUACAUUAAUGCUUCGUACAUCAUGGGCUAUUACAGAAGCAAUGAAUUCAUUAUAACCCAGCACCCUCUGCCACACACUACGAAAGAUUUCUGGAGGAUGAUUUGGGAUCAUAAUGCACAGAUCAUUGUCAUGCUGCCAGACAACCAGAGCCUGGCAGAAGAUGAGUUUGUGUACUGGCCAAGUCGAGAGGAAUCCAUGAACUGUGAGGCCUUCACUGUCACCCUUAUCAGCAAGGACAGGCUGUGCCUCUCUAAUGAAGAACAAAUCAUCAUCCAUGACUUUAUCCUUGAAGCUACACAGGAUGACUAUGUACUAGAAGUUCGGCACUUUCAGUGCCCCAAAUGGCCUAACCCAGAUGCCCCCAUAAGCAGUACCUUUGAGCUGAUCAAUGUCAUCAAGGAAGAGGCCUUAACACGGGAUGGCCCCACUAUUGUUCAUGAUGAGUAUGGAGCAGUUUCUGCAGGAAUGCUAUGUGCCCUUACCACCUUGUCCCAGCAGCUAGAGAAUGAAAAUGCUGUGGAUGUCUUCCAGGUGGCAAAAAUGAUCAAUCUUAUGAGGCCUGGAGUAUUUACAGACAUUGAACAGUACCAGUUUGUCUACAAAGCAAUGCUCAGCUUGGUCAGCACUAAAGAAAAUGGAAAUGGCCCCAUGAUGGGGGACAAAAAUGGUGCUGUGCUAACUGCAGAAGAGUCAGACCCCGCUGAGAGCAUGGAGUCUCUGGUGUGACCGGACCCCUGGACGGGCACUUAAUUUGUAAACUUCUGACACUUGUAAAGACAGAACUUUUUUGAGGCCUUUUUUGCCAGACUCUAGGUUAUACAAUAACCCAGUUACUUUUUUACACUGAUAAAAGUUUUGAUAUUUAUUUUUUGCCAUUUUAUGUCUUAAUGGUAUCCUACUGAGCAUUUGCACCUGUUCAUUUCACACAGUGAAACGCAACUUUACCUAGUUUGCACUAUAUGAUCAGUGUUACUGCCUAUAAUCUAAUCUACAGCAAACCCUGAUGUGACAUUCCAUGACAACAUACAUGCUACUAUUUAGUUCUGUGCAGUGAAGGUCUUUGUUAUGACAGUGAAUCUCAGUUUUGUUAUUAUUCUAAAGCAAUUGCAUUUUCCUAGCAGGCAACACUGUACUUUUCUCAGUUCCCCUCUAUUUUUUUUUCUAGGCACUGUUCAAUACUAUAUGCCUUCUGUUACCAUGGAGUGGAUGGGCAUUGUUUCCUUUUACAGGGCAGGAGGUUAAUGGGAGCCCAUAAGAAGUCUGAUAAUGUCCAUUCCAUUUGUCAUGGUUGAGGGAUCCACUAAGAAGUUAAGAGGGCUUAAGAGUUGCUUCAUGUGAACAUCUCUUAUUAGUUACCGAGUUAUAUUCACAGUUGAAAUGUGUCAAAAUAAAGAAUCAUUCUGUAUUACAGAUUUCACAGUA